GUUUAUUUACAAAAGUAGCCAGUAACAGUGAGAUUUUUUAUAUUUUGAUAUCAAUUUUUUUUGUGUUGAAUCUUUAAUUCUGAAUUAUUUUGUAGAGAAAAUUCAUUAAAAAUAGGAUUAUCAGUCAUCUGUUUAUGUUAAUUGAGAAAUUAAUUGUUGUAUUAAACGACGACGAAGUUUUCAAUAUUUUUGUCCUUCGUUUCUUUGUUAUUGUCGUCUGAAUUUUCACAAAGAAAGAUAAUAAUUUAACACGCAAUUUAAGAUUGAUUUUGGACUCAAAAACCGAAGCGUAUUUUAAUUUCCUGAUAUUAACCUCAGGGUCAAUCCUGUGUUUUUAAUCAAGUGGAUGUGCAAACAUCCGUUAUCAUCCUGAAAAAAUGGCAUUCUUGGAAGCGUCUGUCCUGGAAACUGAAAUCGAUAUAAUCGAACAACAACAACAUUUUUGCGAUUUAUUUGGUCAUUCAUCGUCAAUUGUCUAUGACUGUUACACCACCAAAGAGUCAUUAGCCCGGAAAAUCGAUCUAAUUUUACCGCAGAAGGAUGACGUUGAACGGAGUGAAUUGAUGGAAACCAUAUGGAAUCUAAAAGCAUACAACGGAGGGAAUUGCCUGUUCAUGUCGCCAGUAUACGUCACAUUGGCAUUGGAUCACAAGCCACAAGUUCAAAAGAAAAUUCUAUCAAAAAGAUUCCAAGUGCAUCCCGUAUUUCGUGUACGAAAAUGUUCGACAAAGACUCCAAUCGGCAAUGGCGAUAGUUGCUGUGCAAUUUUCAUCGACGAAUUGGGACGAGUGUACAUGAAUUGGGCCGACUUCCGAUCUGAUAAUAUUUAUGACGAUGGGUUGGUUGUGGCACCAAUCAACGGCAUCUACAAUGUCUCGCCAUCCGAUAAUAAGGUGAAAGUGGAAUUUUUCGAACGCAGGUCGGGUAUAACGAAAAGUCUUGACCGAAGUUCAAUGGUUAUUGGAUUGUCAUCGGCUGGAAUUGCAGCUCUGACCUUUAUACCAGCCAUUCCCAUUGCUCCAGUUGUCGCCGUUGGUGCUGCAGCAGCCGGGCUUUCAUGUGCAGUAUACACCGGAAUGCGAGGCAUUUACAAUUUGUACGAUCGCAAGAAGCACAAACAAACGAUUAAGUUUACCAAUCCGGAGGCACGGUCAUCGUGGAUCAAUGUUGCUGCUGGUGCUUUCAGUGCAAGUGCAGCUAGUGCCACUCAACUGUUGGCAAAGGCUGCCCAUAACAGCACUGGCGUGACAAAUAUCAUCCGUUCUACCGCUCAUGCACUGAACGCUGGUGCAUUAGGGUUACAUACAACGGGUUGUGUGGACGAUAUUUACCUUAUGAUCACGAAAAUGUAUGAACUGAAAAGUAUAUCAACGAUGGAGAUGUCACAGUUGAGCACACUCCUGUAUUUGCUGACGCAUUCAGUGAAAAAUCAACAAACAGCGGAGAAAAUGUUACAGUUAGCGAAAGCAUGCGAAUUGAUCGCUUUGAAGAAAGUAUUACGUGAGAGUCAAAAGCUGGCCGUAAACGCUCUCGUCCAUGAAACUAUGCGAAUUCAGCGUUGGACUGAGGUUGAAACGAAUAAAGCCGGGCAAAUCACUGUACGAUCUUUGAAAAAUCAGAUUGAUCCAAAACCGAUUCUGAUGGAACUGGACAACGACUCGGAUGAUGGAACGGUUAAAACCAACGAAAGGAAAGAGUCAUUCAAAAGCGACUAUUUAGAAAUAUUCGAGUCCCGAGUUGAAGCUGCUGUCGGUCGUUUAUUUGCUGCAUUUAAAACACGCAGCGAAAAUGAGCUCAAACGACUUUUGAUCAAUGUGAUGGAGCAAGUGUCCCUUCAUUUGUUUGAUGAUUUCAUCGCUCUGGUCGAAACCAUGAUCGAGAAAUAUGGUACCAUGGCCGAAGACCGAUCGCAAGGUGUUGUUACAUUCGAACAUUUCGCCGUCAUGAUACUGAAGCAGCUUAAUGUUAUCGCCAAAGACAGCAACGUAACGGACUUGAAGGAAUACCUUGCCGGCCUUACCGAAACUGAGCGCGGUGUAAUUGACGAACGCAUUCGUGAAUAUUUUGAUCAUUUGAAGGACGAACACGUUCAACAUGCCAACGCAUUGUUAGCCUCAAAUAUCGAUAUGAGUGACGAUGACAAAAUUCGAAUUGCGAUUGACGGAGAAGUGGACAGUGUGAUUCAUAAAUUCCAUGAUCUUCACAUUGUUUACAUGAAAGACGAUUUACGCGAAACGGUUAAGGACGUUUUAUUGAGCAUGCCACUAGCACCAUCGCACAUUUUCUUCGGUAUCGUCACCAAAUUUGCGACCAGAAAUGUCACACAGAUACAGGAACGCUUGGGACGUUUCAUACCGAUCGAUAUCUUUAUGACUGAUAUCCACUGUCACUUGAAGCAAAUGAGUGUAAAUUGUGGACAGGAAUUGGAACACUACUUGUUGGAUUACAAUGAAGAUGUGUACAACGACAUCGAGAAGGAGGUUUGUCAAUUCUAUGAUAAUCAGCUAGUUAUAGGUAAUACGAAUAAAUGUGGCCAUUGUUCGGGUGAGUAUUAUACUUACGACAAAUGAGCGCUGAAACAAUUGUUGUGCCUUUAAAAAUUAGUUAAAAAAUCGAAAAUACAAAAAAUUUAAAGAUUUUUAUCAGUCCCAAACGACUAUAACCAAAAAAAAUUUUGAAAAUUUGAUGCGUUCAUUUAUGAGAAAUGAUAAAACAAUGGCAAAAUUUUGGAAAUUCUUUUAUGCAAUGCUAUAGUUGUCAGUUUUCACGCAGCUCUUUCAGCACAGAUUUAUUUUAAUGAAGAACAUUAAAAAAUCUUAGAAAUUCUACUUAAAUUCAUUUUGAUACUUAUUUUAUUGUUAAGACUGGAAUGAAAUCCUUUAUCGAAUUAAAAUAUAGAAAGGAAAUUUUUAUUAGUGAAUUUGAUGUUUUUUUUUAUAAAUAAAAUGCUCCCUU